AUGAAAAAAAGCGACCUUAGAAAGCGUUAUUGGCUCUUCAUACUUUUUAUGUCUAUUAUACCUCUUUCUGGAGUUCCGUAUGGAAUAAUAUAUGAUAAUGAGCGUGUAUAUCGAGUUAGUUUGAUUGGAGUCACAUUAGUGUUUGCCCUAGGACUGACUGUUGCAUUAUGGUUCCAUUUCUGUAAAUGUUUGUUGCCAGUAGUUUUGCAUAUUUUAAGUGGAACUUCAAAAGGAUUGGAACCGAUUUCAAAGUUUUUAAUAGAGACAAGAUUUAUAGGCCCUUUCAUCGCCUUAUGUAUUCGUACUAUUUUCUUUUUUUGGUUCAUUAUUUUGUUAAUAAGUGAUGUAUUCGUGCGAGCAGUUCUCAGUAGAUUUGCUGGAUUACACCAAGGAACUAGCCAUCAUUUUAGCCCCGUCGGUACAACUAAUACAAACUUUCAACCAAUGGGUUUAUUUGAGAAUAUUGAAGAUAAUACAACACGAUUGAAUGGAUUGCAAUAUAGUCAAAAAAUAGCGUUAUCUCUUGCUAAUGCUGCAAAAGUAGCAUAUGAGGAUGUUCCUAUUAUUGCACAUGAGUUAAAAGAUGCUGGCUACAACAUGCAAACUUUCAAACCAGUCGCCUAUAAGAAUAUAUGCGGUUAUAUUUGCGAGAAAGAUAAUAAUAUAAUCCUAGUCUUCCGAGGAUCAAAUCCAUUGAAUAUUCAAAAUUUUUUAACCGACAUUCGGUCUUACCUUCGCAAAAUUGAAUCUUCGAUAAAAGGAGAUAUGGGAUUAGUUCACGAAGGAUUUUAUGAAGCCAUAGGUGAACCCACGGAUAUCGAUAAUGAAUUGCCUUACUCUAAAUCACAAACUACCAUUGAAUUACAUAACACUUCAUUAUUGAAAAUUAUUGAAACCACCUUUGAGGCAGUGAAGACGCUUAUAACAUUUUUAUUUGAGAGCAUAAUCACUCACGUAUAUGAUCCAAUAGAUUACAGAUUUUUAGGCAAAGAUGAAAGAUAUUCUAGCGCAUAUAGUCAAGCUACUCGGCGAAUAACUGAUCUUUGUCAGGACGACAACAAAAAUGAUGACUUAGUUCAACGAAAGUUGACGCAAGAAACUUGUAAAAAAAGAUUAUUUAUCACCGGUCACAGCCUGGGCGGUGGUUUGGCCAUAGCUUUCUUGGCCAAACUGAUACAACAUGAUAGCCCGCUUCUUAACAUUUUAGCUGGAGUUUACACGUAUGGCCAACCUAAAGUUGGCGAUAUCGAAUUUGUAAAAUCAUUUGGACCAGAAAUUAGCAAAAAAAUGUUUCACCAUGUGUAUAAUAAUGACGUAAUUUGUAGGGUGCCUCCAUGGGAUCCAUAUGUUGAUCCUCCAGGAAAUUUGGUUUUUAUAGAUUCCUCAUAUUCAAUAUGUAUAUACCCACCAAAUCCUGUUACCAACAUAUCAAUUCCAGCUCGUGGUAUUUCAUUCAUUCAACUAUCUGGAAUAUUGAACCUUAAUGUCAUAAGAAGAAUGAUAAAUGAAAGUUGGUUAAUGAUUACGAUUAGAUUUCCAUUUUACAUAAAUGAUCAUUUUCCAGGAGAGUAUACAAAUGCCAUUCGUGAUGGAAAAAUAGAAAGAAUCAUUUUCUUGGAACUGAUGGACCAGAAAUUAUAA